AACACUGAGCUUCUCUCAGACUCCGCUUCUCACUUUCCUCCAGGCAGCAGGCAGCAGUUUGCUCCAAGAGGCCGAAAAGGAGGAGGAGGGGGAAAAAAAAAAAGAAGGAGGCAGGAGGGGACGAUCUGUGGCACAUUUCCCAGGAUGGAGAAGGAUUCUCCAUCCAAGCCAUCUGUGGCUGAGCUGGCUGGAAGGUUCAAGGGUCAUAUUCUACCGAUGCCCAACUCAAAUGACGAGCUGUCAUUUCGAAGAAGACCUCCUCCUUGCUCCCUGAAGUUGCAGAAUCAAGCGGAUGAUAAUGAAGAGUCAGAUAAAUCUAUCACCUCGCAAAAACCCUUCAAAAUCAAGAUGAAGAACUCCGCCAUCAUUGAGAAACUGCAGGCCAACCUUGCUCUGUCGCCCACUGCUCUGUUGCCGUCGCCCAGAAGUCCGGAGGUGAAGCUGCAGCCCGCGCCGCUGUCGCCCACGACGCCCUGCAGCCCCCUGAGCCCUCUGAGCCCCACCCUGAGACCCUCACAUCUGUCCAGCGAAGAGGAGGACCGCAUCAGCUUCGACAGCCCUCCUGAAGGCACCCCGCUGCCGAGCAUCAACAAGACCCGUGCACGAUUAUCAUUCAAGAGGCGUCUGCCCACCAGACAGCACCGGAGGUCAGCAGGGGAGGAGGCGGGGGCCUUCGGGAGCGGCCUGUCCCCGACUGAACUGCACAGCCCCAAAGAAAAUGGGGACGAGGAGCAGGUUUUCAGCAGCCCGACGGAGGAGGAGGCCGAACCCGGGCAGGUGGGCGCUCUGAAAGAAGCUGAAAACAAGGAGGAGGACUGCGAAAACACAGAGGCAGAGGUAGAAAAGAGUGACCCGGAGGACAGGCGGGAUCCGGAGAAGGAAGUGGAACGAGAAAAGACCAUGGAGGGUUCGGACGAAGAAGGUCAGCUUCCAGAGCAGACAGACGGUGAUGCUAAGACAGAAGAGGAAAUGCCUCAGCAAGGGGGAGAUGACAGGGAGUGAACUGUGAAUGUUUAAGAAAGACAAAUCUAUAAAUAAAUUAUUCAUUGCUUUGAUUGAGAGAACUCUGAAAAAUCCUCCUCAUUGAGAGUUCACCUGUUUUAAAUGUUCUUGGUACCUGCUCCUCUAAGUUCCUCUGCCGCCCUCUCCUGGCCGUCUAUAGAACAACGUCUAUAAACACUGGAGAGUCAUGAGAAGCAGCUGUUUUUUUUCUGCACAUGGAGAAAAGUUGACACUGUCUCCAUGAUCACAGGAAAUUUCCUUCAUGUCGUACCACGUCUGCAGGACUCCUGUUUUUAUGAAAAUCUAUGAAAAAGACUUUGUUAAGAGUGCACUUCUACAUCAUGAGCCUCAUACACCGAACUGUACAAUGCUGGGUUGACAAAAGGCAAAAAUAUUAGUAGAUUUCAUAUAUAUGUAUACAUUAGCAGAUAUAUAAAUGUUUUGACAUCAUACCAAAUCACUUUAAGUUGAAGUUAUAUUCCUUGCUUAGUUUUUCUUUGGAUGUAUGUUGGUCUCAGCUUGUCCGUUAUUUUCUAUACUACAGAAAAAAAUAUAAAAUUCACAGUGCGACUGUGGAGUGGCUCAGGUCCUCAGAAAUUAUGCACAAGAAAUUGUAAUAAACAGCUUCUUUAUGUGAAGAAAA